GGAAAUCGAAAUUUUUUAGAACUCUCCAUUUUGAAGGUCACAACGAUGGCUUUUCGUCAAACGUUAAAAAGGUUUCUGCAGGAGCUUCCAAACGUGGGUGCUCGACCUUACUGUACAGAAGGAAGACAGCUUGUUACUAUGAUUCCAGGAGAUGGGAUUGGUCCUGAAAUCUCCCAAUCUGUGAAAGACAUAUUUAGUACUGCAGGGGCUCCAAUUGACUGGGAAGAUGUUGAUGUCACUCCUGUUAAAGGUCCAGAUGGAAAUUUCCGACUACCUCCAAAGAUUUUUGAAUCCAUGGAAAGAACAAAAGUUGGGCUGAAAGGCCCACUAGCUACACCAAUAGGGAAAGGACACCAGUCGUUAAAUCUGGCUCUCAGAAAAGCCUUCAGCCUGUAUGCAAAUGUUCGGCCUUGUAAGUCAAUAGAAGGGUAUAAAACAGUGUAUUCUAAUGUGGAUUUGGUCACCAUCCGAGAAAAUACAGAAGGGGAAUAUAGCGGUAUAGAACAUGUGAUUGUUGAGGGUGUGGUACAGAGCAUUAAGAAGAUUACGGAGGAGGCAUCGAUGAGAGUGGCAGAGUAUGCAUUCUCCUACGCAAGAGACAACAACAGGGACACUGUCACCGCAGUCCACAAAGCCAACAUAAUGAAGAUGACAGAUGGUUUGUUUUUGAAGUGCUGUAGACAUGUAGCGGAACAGAACAAAGAUAUUAAAUUCAAAGAGAUGUACCUAGACACAGUCUGCUUAAACAUGGUUCAGGACCCAACUCAGUUUGACGUGUUAGUGAUGCCCAAUCUGUACGGUGAUAUUCUGAGUGACCUUUGUGCGGGACUAAUUGGAGGACUCGGGGUGACACCUAGUGGUAACAUUGGUCAGGAUGGUGCUAUUUUUGAAUCUGUUCAUGGCACAGCCCCUGACAUCGCAGGGGAUGACAAAGCUAAUCCCACAGCCCUCUUACUCAGCGCGGUUAUGAUGUUGCGAUUCAUGGGUCUAGGCCAGUAUGCGCAGCGCAUAGAAAUGGCAUGUUUUGAUGUUAUCAGAGAAGGAAGGGUUCUGACUGGUGAUUUAGGGGGAAAAUCUAAGUGUUCAGAGUUCACAGAAGAAAUCUGCAGAAAAGUACGGGAAAUGGAGUAGUCCCAGGACAGAGAACUAGACUAUUUAUUGAAAUUUGACCACAUUUGAACAUUUUACAUGUUAAGGAUUGUUGAAGAUCUGUCAUCAUAGAUAUUUGAAAUUACUGGGAAGUUUUUGUAGGAAGUGGAGAUUUAUUUACUUUUGUAUCCAUAUGCAUCAUGUAUGAUUCACUGUUUCCAUCUACUGAACAAGUCCCAAGAAUUUCAUGUAGUGCUGGAGAUUCAAACUGUUGUCUUGUUAGAUGUUUAUUUCAUUGUCUAUGAUUUAUGUAACUCACGUAGUGUGUGUGUGUGUGUGUGUGUGUGUGUGUGUGUGUGUGUGUGUGUGUGUGUGUGUGUGUGUGUGUGAAUCUCAGAUUUAACAAUGCCGUGGAAUAUAAAUUUUAUAUGUGAUAUUAUAUGACAGUGCAAAUUAAUUUCUUGCAAUAUUCAUUUUUGAAUGAAGUCUUACUAUAUAAGUGUGGUAUUAGAUGAGAUAUAUACGAUAUUUCUGCUUUUAAAAUUUGCGAUAUACAUGUAAAGUAACAGAGAUGACCUGAGAUUAAUUCCUGUCAAAUACAUGUACAUACUGUUAUAUAAUCCACAUACUGAUGGGAAGACAUUCUUAUGAAAUUGGUUGUACUGGUAAAUACAGUGAAAUUUCUCCUGUAUUAUAAACAAAGGGUCUAUUUCAGCUCCAACCUUAGUUUUAAAUGUUUUGCUUGUCAAAUCUGAAUAUCAACUUCUCAGUUUGAAUACACUCAGUAAAUUGAUGUCAUAGUGGUACCUUAAAGUGAUGUCGUGAACUAACAAUGAAGAUAAAUGCUCAAACUACCAAGGCAAAGAACUGAUAUCUCGGUGAAUGAAAUUAACCAUCUCAUAAUGCACUGAUUUACCAAUGAAGAUCAGUUGCACAAUUUUGACAAAUUUUUACAAAUCUUGCCAAUUUUGAUGAAUGAGCCCAUCAAUAUGAGAUGGAGAACUCUGACCAUGACUAUUAGAGAAGUGUGAAGCCAGCAUCUUUUGAUUUUUAAUGAAAAUUGGAGCUGAAUGUGGCCCUUGGAACCCCUUCUGUUUACGAUGGAUUAUUGUCUCUAUAAGCUAAACUCUCUACCUUUAUUUCUGUCCGUGUCUGUUGUACAUGCAUUGUUGUUUUUGUUUUUUUUUAAAUAUAUGUCGUGAAAAUAGAAAAAGUCAAAGACAGUAUUGUUCAUUUAUAUGUAAGGUUAUGGAUUAGAACUGUUCUGUUAUAUUUUAUCUACACUGAUAAUUUUAGGCUAUGAACUAGAACAGUUAUAUUUUAUCUACACUGAUAAUUUUAGGCUAUGAACUAGAACAGUUAUAUUUUAUCUACACUUAUGAUUAAGGCUACGGACUAGUUUUUAUCUGCACUGAUCUUUAAAAUUAUGGAAUUCAUUUCUUGAUAGUACCUGCAUGCAUGGUAUCUCAGACUGACCACUAAUAAGAUGAAAAAUUCAUGUGAAAUCUUUAGAGUUCAUGAUUGUGUGACAGAAUGAUGUUACUAUAUACACUGUAGUAGUAUACUUGUUUCACAUAAUAUCAGUUUGGUUGUCAUCAUUCUUUGCCAUUGAAAAUGCCUGGAGGUUAUAAAACUUUUUCGAGCAUGUUUUCAUACUCGGAACUCAAACCCCAUGCUCUAAAAUGUAUCUUAAUCAAAAGUGAAGGUUAUAAAGCUUUUAUAAAAUUAUUUUCGCACUCAAAUGGAGUACAUGCUCAGGAUUUUUCGAGUAUGCUUGGAACUUGCUCAGAGUUGUACUCAAAACAAACAUCGCUGAGUUUGAGUACGAGUACGGGAAAAGUUUUAUAACUCCAGGCCAGAUGCUUCACAAAUGUCAGAAUGUUUAAUGCAACAUCACCUGUUCCCUUCUUCUAAAUAUGAAAUACGAUGUCACAAAA